AUGGGAAGUGACGAGAGCCAGCAGUUCCGCUCGAGCGUCACGGACCGAUGGAACGCAUCGAACGAGCUGCUGACGAAGGCCAAGCGCGCGUUCCCGGGCAGCAACCGCAUCAUCGGGCCAGAUUCUGACAAAUUGCCCUUCCGCGGUCGGAGCUGGACGGAGCUCUUGAACGCCUACGGUGUGUUUACGACGUGCGCCAUCAAGCCCGUCGUCGCCAAUGCUGACAAGCUCAUCGCCCUCGGCGAGGCCGUCGUGGGGAAGAAGCUCACGUACGGGAUCAUCAAGCACACGUUCUUCGCGCACUUCUGUGGAGGCGAGAACGUCGACGACAUCCGGCCGACGAUCGACCGGCUGCAGCGGCACCGCAUCAACACCAUCCUCGACUACGCCGCGGAGAGCGACCUGGACGCGCCCGUGGACGGCGAGAUGCCCUCCGAGGUCAUGGAGGCCACGCCGCAGUCCGGGCUGGACAUGAUGCACGCGAAGACGCCCAGCGGCAUGUACCCGCUCUCAGUCGAGAAGUACUCGGACCUCAACAACCGUCUCUUCCUGACUGCCAUCAACGCGGCCGCGGACGUCACGCCGCCGGGCGAGACCGCGUUCGUGUCCGUCAAGGUCACCGCGCUCGCGAACCCCAACCUCCUCGAGCGCGUCAGCACCGUCCUCACGGAGAUGCACCGCCUGUUCGAGCGGUUCGACGUCGACGGCGACGGCUUUGUCUCCUGGGACGAGUUCGAGGUCAUGUACCCGGAGCUCUUCGUGGAGCCGCUCAAGCCCGGCGACGAGGACGCGCGCAAGCAGCGCAUGCUCAAGGUGUUCCGGUACCUGGACCCGAAGCGCUCGGGGUACAUCGACCUGGUGCAGUGGUCGUCGCGGUUCCGCAUCGAGGACCUCCCGAGCGUGGUCUCGCGGUGCCGCAGCGGCGGCCCGCUGCUGGACUCGAUGCUGACCGCGGAGGAGCUGCAGCUGUGGCGGCGGCUGCAGGCGCGCGUGCACUCGGUGGCGUCGCGCGCCAGCGCGCUGGGCGUCAAGGUGCUGGUCGACGCGGAGCACUCGUACUUCCAGCGCGCCAUCGACAACCUCGCGAUGCAGGUGAUGGCCAAGUUCAACCGCGGCGGGAACGCCGUCGUCAUGAACACCUACCAGUGCUACCUCAAGGACAGCCACACGCGGCUGCUGGUCGACCUCGAGCGCGCCGAGCGCGAGAACUUCACGCUCGGGGCCAAGCUCGUCCGCGGCGCGUACAUGAACAUGGAGCGCGAGCGCGCGGCGGAGCGCGGGUACCCGGACCCCAUCCACGACACGCUCCAGGACACCCACGACUGCUACAACCGGUCGGUCGCGGCGGCGCUGCUCGCGGCGCGGCGCGGGCGCGCGGCGCUGAUGGUCGCGUCGCACAACGCCGAGUCGAUCGAGCUCACGGGCAGCAUGAUGAACCAGCUGGAGAUGGAGCCCAGCGCGCCCGUGUACUUUGCGCAGCUGUACGGCAUGGCCGACGAUCUGACGUGGCCGCUCGCGGCCAAGGGGUACCGCGCGUACAAGUACCUGCCGUACGGGCCCGUCGCGGAGGUCGUGCCGUACCUCGUGCGCCGUGCCGUGGAGAACGCGUCGGUGAUGGCGGGCCCCGGCGGCGGCGGCGCGGGGGCGGAGCGGCGCAAGCUGCGGGCGGAGUUCUGGCGGCGGCUGACGGGGCGCGCGAGCCCGGCCGCGGCGGAGCAGGAGGUCGCGCAGCAGAGCUAA